UUAAAUCUCAAUCAGCAGCGCUUAUUCGGUUUUGAAAGAUGAAAGUUACCAAAUAUUUUUAAUAUGAAAUAAACCGCUUACAUAAAUAAAGGAAAAAUAUAGUAAAUAAAGUUAUUAUGAUAAGAAAAUAAUCUCGCAUUUAUUACAUUAACUUUAUAUAGACCCGAGUCAGAAUUCAUAUUCAAGAUACCGCUUUUGUUUGGAGUUUAUUUGGAUUUGCGAAGACCGACUAUGGCAGAUCAGUCAUCUAUAAUGGCCUUAUUAAUAUUGGCAGUAGGAGUAACAGUUCAUUUUUCCUUACAUAAAGUUGAGGAAGGGCAUCUCGGGGUAUAUUAUCGUGGAGGAGCAUUAUUACCAGUUACAAGUCAACCUGGGUUUCAUAUGAUGAUCCCAUUAGUAACAUCAUUUAAAGCUAUUCAGACUACACUGCAGACUGAUGAAGUGAAAAAUGUACCUUGUGGUACAAGUGGUGGUGUCAUGAUUUACUUUGAGAGGAUAGAGGUGGUCAAUAAAUUAGAAUCCCACUGUGUGUUAGAUGUAGUUCGCAAUUUCACAGCAGAUUAUGAUAAGACUUUGAUCUUCAAUAAGGUGCACCACGAGUUAAACCAGUUCUGCAGUGCUCAUACACUACAUGAGGUUUAUAUCGACCUUUUUGAUCAAAUUGAUGAAAACUUAAGGACUGCUUUGCAAAGUGAUCUCAAUGAAAUGGCACCUGGACUAAAAGUGCAAGCUGUGCGGGUUACUAAACCAAAAAUACCUGAAACCAUCAGGAAAAACUAUGAGCUUAUGGAGGCGGAAAAGUCCAUGUUGCUCAUUGCAGCACAGCAUCAGAAGGUUGUUGAAAAAGAAGCAGAAACAGCAAGACGUAAAGCUAUAAUUGAAGCUGAAAAGGAGGCACAGGUGGCAAAAAUACAAUAUGAACAAAAAAUAAUGGAGAAGGAAUCUCUACAGAAAAUUGAACUCAUUGAAGAUAGCAUUCACAAAGCAAAACAGCAUACCAAGGCUGAAGCGGACUAUUAUAAUCUUAAAAAACAAUCUGAGGCCAACAAAUUCCUGUUAACAAGAGAGUACUUGGAAUUAAAGAAAUAUGAAGCACUUGCUCUCAAUAAUAAGAUUUAUUUCGGUAGUGAUAUUCCAAACAUGUUUGUGCAAGCCACUGUGGGUGACAAUGUACCAAAAAGUGUGACGGUUGAUUGAGUGAUACUCCAACUACGAAGAUGUGAACUAGUCAUUAAAUAGUGUUUUAAACUAUCUAUGUAACAUUUUGAGUGUUGUUUUCUGUUAUGAAAAUAAUAUAGCAAAGGCAUGCAGUGCUUUCAUAGAAUAUACAGUAUCAGGGUUAGUCUUAAGUGACAUUGAUGUUAUAAAUAAGUAUGCUGUAUAAUGGUUGUUUAACAUUUUCUAAAUUCUCCAAAAUAAUUUAUUGGCAGUUUUAUGUUCAAUGAAUAUAAUUUAAAAUAAUAGUUAAAAAAAUCCCUGGUAUCUAUACUUAUUAAUCAUUUUAUUUUAUGAUUCCAUACUCAAAUGGAAAAAAAAUAUUGUUUAUACAUGCCUGGACUAAUGAAGAACUUUGUACAGCCGUAAUAUUCAUAUGCUUUUGAAUAAAACUUUCUGUGCAAUUAGGAAGAAAAUAUAUCUUAUGUUUAUAAUUACUUAAUGAAUCAAUAAUAUGGAGGUACCAAUCUAAGAAUAUUUAAAUUUAUUACAUGUAGAUGAUAAAUAAAUCGAUAAAUUAUAGAAUAGUAGAAUAUGUACAUAGUCUCUUUACUUCAUAUUGUUUGUAGUUGGGUCACUUUAGACAUUCGAAGUUACACAAAGUCCCAACAAGCUGAAAAUCAGUGAAAUUGUUCAAAACAUAAUUAUAAACAAUGUAUAAAAGUUCCCCAUCAUUCAUUUAAAAAAAAAUUUUAUUCAAGGUCAAAAAAAUGAGUUUCUCACGAUUUUCAGCAAGCAAGUUUUAUCAUAAAAGAACCUCAGACAAAAAUUGUAGAUCAUAAAAUUAUCUAUAAAAAAUGUAUCAAUACUUUUUUUCUUACGAGCCACCGUUUCUGAGAUAUAACAAUUUAAAAAGUUAUAAAAGUUGUUAUCGUCAUAAUAUGCAAAUGUUUCCACUCCACCUAUGUUACAACUACGAUAACAACUUUUAUAACUUUUUGAAUCAUUAUAUCUCAGAAACGGCGGCUCGUAAGAAAAAAGUAUUGAUACAUUUUUUAUAGAUAAUUUUAUGAUCUACAAUUUUUGUCUGAGGUACUGAGGUAUAAACUUAUUUCUUUGACCUUGAAUAAAAAAUUUUCCAUACACGGGAAUGAUGGGGAACUUUUAAUCAUUGUUUAUAAUUAUGUUUUGAACAAUUUCACUGAUUUUCAGCUUGUUGGGACUUUAUGUAACUUCACUCUCAUUUUUUGGUCUAAAUUGACCAGACUAUUGUACUGAAACAAUACUUGUAGUUAUAGGUUUUCUAUAAAAAUAUAAAAUAUGGCUUGCUAAGAUUGUAAUUAUGAAUAGGGCAGGAAAUGUUGAGGACUCAAAUACAUAGCUACUAUGUAAAUAUGUGUUUUUAACAAUAUUUAAAAUAUUUGCCAUAUUAUAGCAUCUAAACCUCACAAAGCCAGUCUCACUUGACCAUAAUUUGUAUGUUUAUACUAAUCUCACUUUCCAUAGUCUAUACAUUAUAAAUAUUAGAUUAUAAAUGAAAAUAUAUUUAUGAAUACAUGAAUUAUUUAAUUAAAAACAUGACAAAUUA